UACUGGAGAUAUGGGGCUGUCUUUUUGGUGCAGGUGUUUGCUUUUACUGUGUUUGACAGCUGUUCAUGGCCGCGCCGCAGUUCAGACCUGCUUGGAUAAACAUCAAGUGGUUGGGGUGCUGCGACAGAUGGAGAAGUUUCUAAAAGGCCAGGAGCUUCGAUUCACCGAGGGCUUCCGGAUCAUGAAGUCAAAACUAGCAACGCUUCAGAAUUCGGUCUCCAAGUUGCCUCAAGCGGACCAGUCAGCUGCCCCUGCUACUUGCCGGCCCCUGGAAGAACCAGAUCACGGGACCAAGUUUGGAUCUAAACACCUGGCCGGACAUGAGGUGCAUUUCGCUUGCUCGCAGGGCUACCACCUUGUGGGAUCGGCCACACGUGUGUGCCAGGACAAUGGCACCUGGACCGGAGUGGACGGCGUCUGUAAAGACAUCGGUGAAUGUGCAAGUAACCCCUGUCAAAAUGGAGGUACCUGUGUGGAAGGUAUUAAUCAGUACAAAUGCACCUGCUCACAGAGCUGGAGUGGCUCCCGCUGCCAGCACCACACUCAGACCGCUCCUCCUGAGUGGAGCGUAAUGAAUGACCCUGCAUUCAGCCGAAAACCUCGCUGUGCCCAAGUGAACCGGGCCCAACACUGCAGCUGUGAUGCGGGCUUUCACAUGAGUGGCACCUCUGACAACAGCAUCUGCCAGGAUGUCAACGAGUGUGAAGUCUACCGUCUGGACCAGGGAGGGACGUUAUGCAUCCAUGAAUGUGUCAACGUCCCAGGCUCAUACCACUGCUCCUGCCCCAGUGGCUACAAGUUGCUCCCAGAUGGGCGGAGCUGCGAGGAUGUGGACGAAUGUUUAAACCAGCAGCACAACUGUAGCCGAGGAACAACAUGUAUCAACACCGGGGGAGGCUUUCAGUGCGUCAACCCAGACUGUCCCCGUUCCCAUGGCAAUAUCACCUACGUCAAAACAUCUCCCCUUCAGUGUGAGAGGAAUCCCUGCCCCAUGGAAAGCCGCUCCUGCCACUUUGCGCCAAAGACCGUCUCUUUCCACUACCUCUCCCUCCCCUCCAACAUUCAGACGCCUGCCACUCUUUUCCGUAUGGCCACCGCGGGGGCUCCUGGGCGCUCAGGGCCCGAUAGCCUGCGCUUUGGCAUCGUGGGAGGAAACUCACGGGGUAUUUUUGUCAUGCAGCGCUCAGACAGACAAACCGGCGAGCUGAUACUGGUCCAGCAGCUGCGCGGGCCACAGGAGAUCAACGUGGAAGUGGACAUGUCGGAAUACGCCGACCGCACCUUUCAAGCAAAGCAUGUGGCCAGAGUCCACGUUCUGGUGUCACCUUAUAACUUCUGAAGAAGUUGAGGAGGAGUAACUGAUAGUACUGAUCAUCGUCAUCCCAUUUCAGCCGGUCACAGGCCAGAGUGUGCUUCGGUUAUAGAUUUUAGAGUGAAAGUAAAAUGAGUGCAAAUAUACAAUUCAUAUUACAAAUCACAGUACAAAUAUGACAGCACUAUAUGUCACUCAGUGGAGCACAGACCUCCACAAGGGCCAAAUAACCCUAAAUUGAAUCAACAUCAAAUUGUACACCAUCAAAGAUCCCCAUUGUCUUGCCUAUUCUGCUCUCUCAAGACGGACGGAAAAUUGAAGAACAUGUCCUGAAUUGGAAUGCAUCAAAUGUAGCGAUAGGGUUACAAAGAACCCUCAAUUUUCCAGUUCAUUUCUAAAAACUUUCUGAACACUUUCCAUGGAAAGAUAGAUUAUUAAAAAUAUUCAGUUGGACGAGAACAACACUUUCCAUGGCACUCAAUGUGAAUUAUUGGGUAUUAACUGGAAAAUUGGGGAAUUAACACAUGCAUGAAUAUGUAUUUGAUGAACAUUUUGUUCAAUCAUAAGCAGACAUACAGUACAUGCAGACUAAUAACUACAUCAAUUAUUUUGAUUUCUACACAGUAGUUCAUCAGUACAGUAGUUUUUUUUUUUUUCAAAUUCCCAAAUUUGGACUUUAUUACCAUUAAUACCUAUUUAAUUUCAAUGGAAAAUAUCCAAUUUCCUCAUCAGAGAACAUGACUGUUGAGAAUAACUGUUGUGUUACUCCACAAAACCACCACAGUAGCCCUGCCCCCCUGUUCUAACACGUGGGUACCUUAUUAUAUGUUGGAUAUAUUAUUGCUGGUUUUUGCAUCUUUUAUCUUCCAUCAUAUACUGUAUAUAAGCACACUAUUCAUUCGUACUAAGGUUAUUUUGCUCUUUUAAAGAGUGAAUGAUCUACAGUAGUGGGACUUUUCAUAUACUCACACUUCAUACAUGUAUUUUGAGGAUAAUAACAACUGCACAAUCUGAAAUAUUGUCUCUACAUAAAUGAAAUAAACUCGUGUAACAUCUCAGCUUUUGUUAGUUACCUCACUUGAUGCUACACAGUGUACCAGCGCUUCUUUUCAAGAGUUAGGCAGUAAAACCAAAGCACAGGGGAUUAAUAAAUCCUGGAUAGUGAUAAAAUCUUCUCAGAAUGAAUGACAAGGGAUGUUUCAACACACUUUCAAAGCAGUUUGGAUCUCAUCAGAGAUACGGAAACUAUAAAAUAUGUAAAAACACAUCUCACUUUUUUUUUUAAAUAAGACACUAAUGUUCAACACGUGUGUCUUCUUACUUCCCUCUGUCCUCUCCCAUCUCUAACCAGGGCUUUACAUUUGCACUCAAAUCAAAUCGUACAGUAUAUUUUUCGAAAGGGGAUCGGGGGUGACCAUCAAAAAUACACAGCACAGAACAUCGCAACGUGCCUUAUUUAUCAUAUUGGAAGUGCAUUUCAGGAAAAAUAUGUUCUGUGCAAAAUCACACGAAAGAUCAGCAUUUGACCUGGUGUCAAGUAUAAUGUCACAGGAGAACUCAGAGCGUGUUUUGCUCUUUGUUUGGUUAUUUUACACUAAUUAUUCCAAAAGAUGGGCUGCUGUCUUGGAUGCUGUCAUGCGAGACAUCAGCAAAUCUUGCUCGACAUUGGCGUAUACCUCAGAAGAGUAAAAGUAAGUUCAGCAAGCAUAGCAUUAACUGUGGGCUCCAAAAGAUCAAACGAUCUCAACAAGGGGUGUCAAGAGAAGGAGAGAAUCAGGACAACAGAAAUACACACGGGGAGUUAGUG